AUGGGCAAACGGGCCAACUUGUCUGGUGUAUCAUUCUUUGCAGCGCAAGUUUUCAACGAUGACGAAUCUACACUAAACAGUGCGACCGAUGCGAAUAAACAGAUUGCAAGGGGCACUCAUGAUGAAAAUAAUCCCAAUCAAGAAUCACACGAACGACCAGCGGACGUAGACACUGAUGCACGUCCGGAUAAGAAGCGGAAAGUCGGAGUGCUUGGUGCAGGCUGGGAGAAGUACGACGCGACAGGCUUAGUCCCUUUCUACACACACCAGACUCAGGUUCCUGAACACCUCCAAAAAUACUUUGGCCAACGAGAACGGUUCUUCUCCCUCUAUUCCUCAGGCUGUCUACUGGACGAGGAGGGCUGGUACAGUGUAACACCGGAGCGUGUUGCAAACCAAAUCGCCGAGCGCUGCCGCUGCGAUGUCAUUCUGGACGCGUUCUGUGGUGUCGGUGGUAAUGCCAUCGCGUUUGCCCGAACAUGCGAGCGAGUGAUUGCGCUCGAUACCUCACCCGUGCGCCUUGCCCUUGCGCGGCACAAUGCCGUCCUGUACGGUGUCGCAGAUCGAAUCGAGUUUGUCCUUGCAGACUUCCUAUCCUUCGCGCACCAGCUCACGCAGCAGCAAGAGUUGCGCUCACAGUCAAAAUCAGCGGAAAACCCAAACACAGCAGAAAAUGUCCUCGCUGACGUGAAGCCACAGCGCCUGUUCGAUGUCAUCUUCCUCAGUCCACCGUGGGGUGGCCCCUCCUACCUUACGGAUCGCGACACGGCAGAAGAAAACAUAACUGAAUCAGAUGCAAGCACCCAGGGUGCACCGGAGUACAACCUGGCUAGCAUCAAGCCCGUGCACGGGCGACAGCUGUUUAGCAUUGCGCGACGCCUCACACCCAAUGUCGCGUACUAUCUUCCUCGCAAUACCAAACUAGACGAAAUCGCGGACCUCGGAAAGGCAGAGACGGUGGAGGUCGAAGAAGAAUGGAUGGGCUCGAAGUUGAAAGCACUCACAUGUUAUUUUGGUGGUCUAGUGACUGGACAAGAAGAUCGGUUUUGA